AAAGCUUCGUUGUUCCGUCAACACAGUCGCCCUCCACCGACACGGCGCAUAUACGGAGAGAGAGAGAGAGAGAGAGAGAGAGAGAGAGAGGGAGAGAGAGAGGGAGGAACUUUGACGAGUGACUACGCCACCAACCGUUGGAGUUUGUUGUGCGCGGAGGGAGAUUAAUUGCGGAAACAAUUUUUUGGCUCAGCCUGCGGAUUCUGGAUCUGGUGUGAACGAGAUUGCCUAGAUAGAAGGAAAGAGUUUCGGGAGAAGAUGAAGGCGCUAAUUCUUGUUGGAGGAUUUGGUACUAGGUUGAGGCCACUGACAUUAAGCGUGCCGAAACCACUCGUUGAUUUUGCAAACAAGCCCAUGAUUUUGCAUCAGAUAGAAGCGCUUAAAGCCAUUGGAGUGACUGAAGUCGUCCUUGCCAUCAAUUAUCAGCCGGAGGUAAUGCUGAACUUUUUGAAAGACUUUGAGGCGAAGCUCGGAAUAAAGAUUACUUGUUCACAAGAAACUGAGCCUCUCGGAACUGCAGGUCCCCUUGCUCUAGCUCGGGACAAACUAGUAGACAAAUCUGGCGACCCAUUUUUUGUUCUUAACAGUGACGUUAUAAGCGAAUACCCGCUGAAAGAAAUGAUUCAAUUUCACAAAUCUCACGGAGGCGAGGCUUCUAUAAUGGUAACCAAGGUCGACGAGCCUUCGAAGUACGGUGUCGUGGUUAUGGAUGAAUCGAGCGGGCAGGUCGAGAGGUUUGUCGAGAAGCCGAAGUUAUUCGUCGGCAACAAGAUCAAUGCGGGAAUAUAUUUGCUAAACCCAUCGGUUCUCGACCUUAUCGAGCUCCGCCCCACCUCGAUCGAGAAGGAGGUGUUCCCGAAAAUCGCGGCGGAGAAGAAACUGUACGCAAUGGUGCUGCCCGGGUUUUGGAUGGACAUCGGGCAGCCAAGGGACUACAUCUCGGGGCUGAGGCUCUACCUUGACUCCUUAAGAAAGCAGUUGUCUCCGAAACUCGCGUCGGGGGCGAAUGUAAUCGGGAAUGUCUUGGUCGACGAGAGCGCGAAAAUCGGGGACGGGUGCUUGAUCGGGCCGGACGUUGCAAUUGGCCCCGGGUGUGUGAUCGAAUCCGGCGUGAGGCUGUCGCACUGCACGGUGAUGCGAGGUGUACGGAUCAAGAAACACGCUUGCAUUUCGAGCAGCAUUAUCGGGUGGCACUCGACUGUCGGGCAGUGGGCUCGGGUCGAGAAUAUGACGAUACUCGGGGAAGACGUGCACGUCGGCGACGAGGUUUACAGCAACGGCGGGGUGGUGCUGCCUCACAAGGAGAUCAAGAACAGCAUCUUGAACCCGGAGAUUGUCAUGUAAGAUUUCUUUUUGGUUGUUCUUAUAUUUGGUUUUUUUUUUUUUCCUUUUUUUCUUUUUGGUUCUAUGUUUUGUGUUGUUUUUUGGUAUCCUUUGAUUUAUUUUUAUUUUUAUUUUAUUUUUUUUUUGGGUUUUUGAUUUCUACUCUUAACUGUAAAAUACUUUUAUCGUUGUGUGUUGUUGUAUGUGUGGUUAAGGUUAUAUAGUGUGUGUGUGUGUGUGUGUGUGUGAAAAUUGAGUGAUUUGAUUUGUUAAAAUGUAUAUGGGAAUAAAAAGCUUAUUUGUAGUGAGGAGUUUUUUGUUGUUGUUA